UGUUGGGUUUGGGAGAUGGAGGAUGGGUACCCAAUGUGCUUUUUUUUUGCUCUUGUCUUUCAGAGAGGAGUGCGAGCGUUCAAAGAGCGUCCUCCAUUUGAUGGAGAAAAUGAGGCCUCUCGAUGGAACCUCGCCUCCGAGAUGGCUCCAGAAUAUUCCGGCAGCACGAUGGGGAGAGGGAGCCAGGAGACAGCUGACGCCCGGUCGGCCGAGAGUUCCUCGCUGAGCACAGAGGGAGGCGGGCAGCCGAACCCGGUCCGUCCGACAACGAGUGGAUUUGGGGGCGGCUCCGGCAGGGCCCCCCUCUUCACCCCCACGGGCCCUGGGCUGGGGCUGACCAGGGGCUUCCAUGACGAGGCCUCGGUGCGGGGCCUGACCCCUGAGGACAUCGCCAAGGCCAGGAACACAAAGCCGAGUAGAGUGAAGUGCAGCCAAUCCAAAGGCCCCAGACAAACAAUAAGUGAGCGAGCCCGUGAAAGGACAGUGCCCUCCUCACGAAUCAGCCGUUUGGCGAACUUUGGAGGUUUAGCGGUGGGCCUUGGUAUUGGUGCGUUGGCAGAAGUGGCCAAAAAGUCAUUGACUGGAAACCAGACGUCAAAAGACCACAAAGGAUUACUGGACUCCAACCCCUUCCUAUCGGAGGCUAAUGCUGAACGCAUCGUGGAUACACUGUGCAAGGUGCGAGGGGCUGCUCUGAAGAUCGGGCAGAUGCUGAGCAUUCAAGACAGCAGUUUCAUUAACCCGCAGCUCCAGAAGAUAUUUGAGCGUGUGCGGCAGAGUGCAGACUUUAUGCCAGCCUGGCAGACAGUGAAAGUGCUGGAUGAGGAGCUGGGACCACACUGGCGAGAGAAGCUGGCAGAGUUUGAGGAAAAACCGUUUGCUGCUGCUUCCAUUGGUCAGGUGCAUCAUGGAGAGCUUCAGGAUGGCAGGGAGGUGGCCAUUAAAAUCCAGUACCCAGGGAUAGCGCGCAGCAUCAAGAGUGACGUGGAGAAUCUGCUGUCUCUGUUGAAAAUGAGCAUCUCGCUGCCAGAAGGCCUGUUUGCCGAGAGCGGGAUUGUGGUCCUGAAGCGGGAGCUGGAAUGGGAAUGUGACUACAUACGGGAGGCAGCCUGUGCCAAGAAGUUCAGGGAGCUGCUGAAGGGUGAUCCUUUCUUCAGUGUUCCCGAGGUCAUCGAUGAGCUCACCACAAAACGGAUUCUCACUGCAGAGUUAGUGACUGGCGUGCCUCUGGAUAAGUGUGACAGUCUAGACCAGAACAUUCGGAAUAAGAUCUGUUCGAACAUCCUGGAACUGUGCCUCCGGGAAGUGUUUGAGUUCAGGUUCAUGCAGACUGACCCGAACUGGUCCAACUUCUUCUUUGAUGAGGAGAAGCAGAAGGUGACACUGUUGGACUUCGGAGCAAGUCGAGAGUUUGGUAAAGAAUUCACAGACAACUACAUUGAGGUUGUCCGAGCAGCUGCAGACGGUGACCGAGACAAAGUGUUGCAGAAGUCCCGAGACUUGAAGUUCCUCACUGGCUACGAGACCAAGAUGUUUGAGGAUGCUCAUGUGGACGCUGUCAUGACACUUGGGGAGGCGUUUGCUCAGCCAGAAUCCUUUGACUUUGGAAGUCAGGACACCACCCGGCGGAUCCAGAGUCUGAUCCCGGUGAUGCUGAAGCACCGCCUGACACCUCCCCCUGAGGAAUCCUACUCCCUCCAUCGCAAAAUGGCCGGCUCCUUCCUCAUCUGCUCCCGCCUGCAAGCCAUCAUCCCUUGCAAGGAGAUGUUCGACCAGAUCUACGCCAGGUAUUUUAACCAGGACCAUCAGGAGCUGUUUAAGAUGCAGCAACGUAAAUAGUCCCGAUCACGUCGUACCGGGAUUGACCCGUGAUCACCGAGAACCGUCUGUGACCGUUCUUCUGGUGUCACAUUUUAUAACCAGGUGCUGUCGCACAUGGUCUUAUCUGUCUGUGGUAUAUGAAUGAUCGUUUGGUGUUACAGACCCUGAGCACCGCUGAGAAAAAACCCACGGUCCUUCCACUCAUCAGGACACUUCGCAAGAAUGCCAGUUUUUGGGGGUUGACACUUUUACACUGUAUUAGAAAAGGAAUGCUGAUUGAUUGAUUGGCAAGUGGAUUCCAAUUGGUGGAGGUGUGUCCUUAGAGAAUGCACCAAUAAAAUGGUUGACGGACAGUUAACUGCCAAGAUUUAUUUAAAGUUAAACCAGGUGCGGAGGGAUCGGACUGCAUCAGAGUAGCAGCGUCCAACAGCUCCAUCCCACAUCCCUGAUGGGGUGGUGUUCUUUGUUUCCAAUCCCACAUCCACUCCUCCUGCUCAUUUAUUUGCUUAAAACCACAGUUACCAAUAUCAGCCUCAGCAACAUCUUUCUGAUCUCUCUGUGCUCAGUCUGUUUGAUAUCUCCGAGUACACGACGCUGAUGAACUGUUCACUCUCUCUGUCUCUCUUUUUUUUAAAGUCAUUUGGGUGAGAGAUCACUGGAGUGUUUGAAUGGUUGAAAAGUUGGAUCAUUUCACCAGUCAGCCCAUGUGUCAACGUGAGAGUAUUUUCUUUAAAAAAAAAUAAAGAAAAUGCAUAAUGUUUACCUAAUAAAUGGGGCAGUCGCCAUCUGUCUUGGAGUCGGUUAGCUCA